AUGAAUUUGUUCAAUGUGAAUGUUACGCAAAAAUGUCUAAUUGCGGAGUGCUGGAUUCCAACGGCAGACGUGCCACACAUUCGAGAUUCAUUGGACACUACCAGUAUGGGCGUUGGUGAUUCGGUGGCACCGUCAUUCCUUUACGAAGUUGGAUGCAGUCAAAUACCGCCAACUUAUUUUCGACUGAAUAAGUUUACGCACUCCUUUCAGAUGAUUGUCGACUCCUACGGCAUAGCAACUUACCGGGAAAUCAAUCCAGCGCCUUGGACAAUAAUAACAUUUCCAUUUUUGUUCGCUGUGAUGUUCGGUGAUGCUGGUCAUGGCCUGAUCAUGUUCCUCGCCGCACUUGCAUUGAUCCUUGUUGAGAACAGGAUUAAACCAGAUGACGAGGUCGCAAUUAUAUUGGGAACUUUCUUUGGCGGUCGCUACGUUAUUCUUAUGAUGGGCUUAUUUUCGAUUUACACUGGACUCAUUUACAAUGAUUUUUAUUCGAGAUCCAUGAAUUUGUUUGGAAGCAGCUGGUGUUCACCGUACAAGUAUCUAAACAACACAAACAUAUUUGUUUAG